AUGAAGAGCACCGCCGCCUGUCUGAUAGUCGCCCUUGCGGCGCUGUCCGCCGCCCACUCGGCGCCCACCGCCGACCAGGUGGCGCCCCAGUCCGCCACCCAACUGGCCCUGGACAUGUACCACGGCUGCCUGAAGGACCUCAGUGUUUCCUGCGUGCGUCCCAAGGCCCUGCAGUGGUUCAACUCCGCCCUCCGGCAGCCGGAGGUGCGCAUCACCGAGCGCCUGUCGAUCGUCCGUAGCGCGGAGAGGGUCGAGUCCCGAUCCCUGAACCCGGCGGAGCGCCUCUUCGACGACAUUGACAGCUACCUGGGCAGCCACUCCCUGAGGAUCCAGGCUCCAGAGUACUUCCGCACCUCGGAGGCCCGCUCCCUGGUGCCCGACUUCCUCAUGUCGAAUCCGCUCACUCAGGGUGGAUUAGUUCCUCUGUCAGCUGCUAACGAAGGACGUGGCAUGAUCCGCAAGGCAGUUCUUCCGUUCCUGCUGGGUUUGAAACUAAAGACCACUGUGCUGGUGCCACUGGCCUUGGGACUCAUUGCGCUGAAGACCUGGAAGGCCAUGACUUUGGGCCUGCUCUCAUUGGUACUGUCUGGAGCCUUGGUUAUUUUCAAGAUUGCCAAGCCCAAGAUUGUCAACUACGAGGUGGUGCACUAUCCCCACCAUGUGGACCAUGUGGUGCCCCAUCACAUUGAGCACGUAGUGCCCCAUCACAUCGAGCAUGUGGUGCCCCAUCACAUUGAGCACAUUGUGCCGCAUCACAUCGAUCAUCAUCUUGAGCACCACAUCGAUCACCACGUGGAUCUGCCCGUGGAGCAUAUCGAGCACCUGGAGCACCCAUCGCCCGCUUGGGAUCCUCAUGCCUGGGCCCGAUCCUCGCAAGAGCCGCAGGAUGCCCAGGACUUGGCCUACGCGGGUCAGAAGUGA